UGUCUGUGCCCGUGCAGAGGCUAACAUGCUGACUUCUCUUGGAGAGAGGGAGGCUCUUGAACAUCUUCUGCUCAGGAGUCUGGAAGUUAGCAGCUGGAGUGCCUGUUAACAUCCUUAAAGCCUUAUUAGCCCAGUCACCCCGUGGAACUUUGAAGCAGGGGUAGGGGGUGGAAAAGGAAGCUGAUAAAAGGCAAGUGAAAGAAAGGAGGAGGGGCAGGCUCCGACCCAGCCAGCACUGUGCUCUCUUCCUGCCUAGCUGGGGCUGCUCUUCAAGGAGCCCCAUGGCCAACUAUGAAUUUAGCCCGGUGUCUGAGGACAGACCUUGCUGCCGCCUUUCUAGGACCGUCCAGAUCUGUCUCGGAGUGGGUCUCCUGAUCCUGAUCACCUUGAUAGUGAGCCUUCUGUUCAUAUUUCUCUGGCCGCGCUCACUCCUUGUGUGGAAGGGGAAGCCAACCACGAACCACUUCCCUGAAAUCUUCCUGGGACGCUGCCUCGUGUACACUCAAAUCCUCCGGCCUGAGAUGAGAGAUCAGGACUGCAAGAAGAUCCUGAGUACAUUCAAAAGAGCAUUUGUUUCCAAGAACCCUUGCAACAUCACGAGAGAAGACUAUGAGCCGCUAGUUAAACUCGUCACUCAGACUAUACCAUGUAAUACGAGUCUCUUUUGGAGUAAAUCUAAAGACCUGGCCCAUCAGUAUACCAGGGUCCAGGGGAAGAUGUUCACCCUGGAGGACACGCUGCUGGGCUACAUUGCUGAUAACCUCACGUGGUGUGGAGACCCCAGUACUUCUGAUAUGAACUAUGACUCUUGCCCACAAUGGAAUGAAAACUGUCCCAACAACUCUGUGUCUAUGUUCUGGGAUGUGAUUUCCAAAAAGUUUGCAGAAGCUGCCUGCGGUGUGGUCCAAGUGAUGCUCAACGGGUCGCUCCCUGAGCCAUUUUACAAAAACAGCAUCUUCGGAAGUGUGGAAGUCUAUAAUUUGGAUCCAAGUAAGGUUCAUAAACUACAGGCCUGGGUGAUGCACAGCCUUGAAGCAGGUUCCAGUAACUCAUGCUCAGGCUCCUCCAUAAAUGAGCUGAAGUUGAUUAUGGACAAAAGGAAUAUUACGUUUGCCUGCCAGGAUAACCACAGGCCUGUCAGGUUUGUUCAGUGUGUGCAGAAUCCUGAGCAUCCAUCGUGUAGAGCUACUAUCUGAAUGGUCUGGACCGUAGAGCGCUUGUAGCCGUCUCAUGACUAUCCGCCUUUCAUCAAGAUGAAAGACUCUGCUAGAAAGCUGAAGAUGUCAGAGGGAGGCCUCUACU